AUGUCGAGGGGUCCCCUUGCUCAAAGCGCCGAUAAAAGCGUUCUCAUGAGCAGACUGGGAUUAAGUGACCGCACCCACAGACUACUUCUUGUUACUGAGCGCGCAAGGGAUGUCAUGAGCGCGCAGCCGCACAACUUGACAGAGCAAUCCAGGGCCAAUCCGAACGUAGUUCCGCCUUACAAGUGGGACGAGCUUUCGGAGACUGCGAAACAUAACCAGAUUCUCCUGACGGUAGCCAACGCCAGUUCUCAAACGAGACCCUACUAUCUAGAGGGCCGUUAUAUGACCAAUGUUGCUGAAGAGAACUGGGUUGCGAGAUGGUAUCUUUGGCACGCCUUUCGUUAUAGGUUUGUGUAG